AUGGCUGUGAGAUGUCGGACCCAGUCCGACAAUGGACCGCAAAGGGUUAAAGCACACCAGCAAAUUCACAAGGGAGAGAAACUGUUUCACUGUACUGAUUGUGGGAAGAGUUUUAAUCAUAAACGUAAGCUUCAAAAACACAAGCGAAUUCACACGGGAGAGAAACCGUACGAGUGUCCUGACUGUGGGAGGUGUUUUACUCAGAAAUAUAACCUUCAAUCACACCAGCGAAUUCACACGGGAGAGAAACCAUAUUACUGUACUGAUUGUGGGAAGAGUUUUAAUCAUAAAUGUAACCUUCAAACACACCAGCGAAUUCACACGGCAGAGAAACCGUUUCAAUGUCCUGACUGUGGGAGGUGUUUUAAUCGGAAAGUAUACCUUCAAUCACACCAGCUAACUCACAGUACAGGUAAACCAUUUCAGUGUGCUGAUUGUGGGAAAGGUUUUAAUCAGAAAUAUAGACUUCAAGUACACCAGCGAAUUCACACGGGGGAGAAACCGUUUCACUGUGCUGAUUGUGGGAAGAGUUUUAAUCAUAAAUGUAACCUUCAAAGACACCAGCUAACUCACAGUACAGAUAAACCAUUUCACUGUGCUGAUUGUGGGAAAGGUUUUAAUCAGAAAUGUGACCUUCAACAACACCAGCUAACUCACACAGGAUAGAAACCGAUAGCUUUGAAAAUCCAUUUACAAACAUUAAUACUGAAGCUAAAUGGAAAAGACAUUUCAAUGAAAAACAAGGUGUGGUGGAGCCUGUUGAGGUCCCUCUAGGAGUAAGAUUUGACAGCAGAAGAAACCGGGAUACAGGCACAUAUGAUCACGAUCCUGUAACUGACAAGUGUAUUCAUAUUCCAUUGUUAGAAACUUUAAAGUUUAUAUUUAGGAGUCCAGACAUUUGUAAUCCUAUUGUACAACCCUGUGAACAAAACACGGUUUAUAAAGAUUUCUGGUGACGGCAGCUGCUAUAGAAAUCAUCCACUUUUCUCUCGGCAUAGAAAUGCAUUUCAAAUACAACUUUACUAGGAUGACUUUGAAACUGCAAACCCAUUAGGAUCCAUGCAAGGGAUACAUCAAAUUGGAAGCUUAUAUUUUAUUCUUAGAAAUCUUUCACCAAAGGUAAAUUCAGCACUAAUGAAUAUUCACCUUGUUUCACUGUUCCACACACAAGAUAUUAAAAAGUAUGGAUUUAAUGCUAUACUACAACCUCACGUUGAUGAUUAAUAAAUUCAUGUAAGUACUGGAAUUAAAGUUCCUUUUUCUGAAGAACCAAUUGAUGGUACAGUUGCUCAGGUCACAGGAGAUACCUUGGGGGUGCACACACUUCUGGGGUUCAGGGAAUCUUUCGGUUCAGUUUUUUUUUCUGUCGACUCUGCUUGAUUGAUAAGAAUGCGUCUCAGUCAGUAUUCAGCGACGAUGAUUCUAACAUCAUAUUACGUGACAGAGUUUUGCAUGAACAGCAUUGCAAUGAUCUGCUAGCAGACCCUACAUGACCCUCCUCCUUUGGAAUGAAGCGAUAUUGUUUGCUGAAUGACUUACAGUUUCUUUCUCAUUUGUGAUCAUUUUGCUUUUGAUAUUAUGCGCGAUGUCCUCGAAGGCGUCCCUCAGUAUGAAAUGAAGUUGCUUUUUGGCUUUCUCUCUGACAGUGUCAUCUCCAAGCAUGACAUCAUAGAAUUCACUCUUAGAAUUAUGGUUUCUUGGAGAGAAAGAAUCGUCCAAGGUUCAAUCUAGAGCAGUCUGGCAAUGGGAUAGAGCUCAAUGCGAUGUGGGCAGCAGUGUGGAGUAGUGGUUAGGGCUCUGGACUCUUGACUGGAGGGUCGUGGGUUCAAUCCCAGGUGGGGGGACACUGCUGCUGUACCCUUGAGCAAGGUACUGUACCUAGAUUGCUCCAGUAAAAACCCAACUGUAUAAAUGGGUAAUUGUACGUAAAAAUAAUGUGAUAUCUUGUAACAAUUGUAAGUCGCCCUGGAUAAGGGCGUCAGCUAAGAAAUAAAUAAUAAUAAUUCAGACAUUCUGCUUAAUUAAAAUAUUUCCCUAGCAUUUGGAGACAUUGUAAACGAGGGAAACAAAAAUCGGAGCUUGCUUCUGAUGUUAUUAAAAAUUGUCAAUAUUGUUUUUUCACCAGUGAUUACUGAGGGUAUGACAGUGUAUCAGGGCAGCAGUGUGGAGUAAUGUAGAACAUCUUCAUUCAUUUCAUGCGAGAGGAACUCGGAAAAACGUUCCAUUUGAUCUGCAGACUUCAUAUGGCUUUGAAGAACCUGAUUUGCAUGCGAUUCCAGUGAGUUAUUUAAUGUAGAUGCCAACCACAACAUUGUAUUUUGAUUUGAAGUUCUAUAGUUUUGGAAUUGAAAUAAGUAUCGUGGCACUUUGAGGGCUGGUUAUGCAAUGGGAAUUUCUAUAAAUAUGAAAAUAUAAAGGAAGAUGUAAAUAUCACUCCUUCCACAGAAGGUGCAGGUUUGUCACUGCUUCCAUUGAAUUGAGGAGAUUUAGAAAUCGCAGCCAAAAGUGUGUUCACAAAGAACGUCCAAAAUAUGAGAUCCAAAGGCAACCAAACCACUCACCAUGGACACAGACAUUUAAACUCCUACAGUGUUGAAAACUUUACUCUCUAGCAGGGUUAAUUUCUUAACACUUUCCAAAGUGUUCAUUUAACACGGAAAUCGAGGGAGCCAUAUGUUCACUACAAAAGUGUCAGAGUUAAUUAUGGGUUAAUCCGGCCUUGAUUGGAGGUAUAUUUUAGGAACAGCUUGUGGCACUGGCAAGAUACAAUUAAAUAAAUGAAUAAAUCCAUAGCCAUGGUCCAGGACGUUAAACAGAAUAUGAAUUAUUAAACACAUAAUCAGAAAACAAGUGAUUCACAUGAUUGAUUGUAUAAUAAAAUUACUCUGCUGUGAACUUGCUCAGCACAUCGCUACAGUUGUGUACUUAUAAGCAAUGUGAGUACAAAAUAACAAAACCGGGAAGAUAAUGUUACUGUUUCUGACCGGGACAAAAACAUGAAGUCUGAAAACUGGCAAGCCCGGCUUUCCCGGGGCGUCUGGUCACCCUGGUCAAGGAAUCCAUUGCCGUUGUCAUGGCAAAUUUCGCCCCCCUGCCAAAUUUGUCCCCCCCUGAGUCAUGUGACAUAUUAGCGUACGAGUCACGUGACGAUCAGAUUUCGUGAUGCAGAAAUGAUAGGGUAAAACAUCGGCAUUUUACUUACUGAAAGUUACGUUUGCUUUUUUAUUGGCAUUUAUUCGUGUUAUAUUAAUUUUUUUAUAUGUAUCAAUGUUUUUUGUAUCAUAAAUGGUUGUGUAUUUUAUUUGAUUACUCUUCACGUGAUUACA